UGAAUAUGAAGCAAUGCGUUAUAUGCUUGUGGAUUGAGGACACGAGAGGAAGGGACUCGGACUGCUGCAGACGGGGGAAAGGGCGCUCAUACAUCAACCACGCCGCAAUUAGAUGAAAACCUAAUUAACAGUGCGCCAUACGUGCACACGGGGAUUUUCUCUGCUCGCACAUUCAACUUUUCUGUUCGAUCGCUUCGGGGGCUCAGCCUUGCUCGCGCAUAGGAGCCUCUCUGCUCAUCACUUGGACCUCUACUUGGCUCUUCUGUGCUGCAAAAACCAGAAUCGGGUGUCAGAUCUGUGAUGGGGGCAGCGGCCGAUGUUGGGAGUUUCGCCAACGGAUUUUUGGACAGCUUUGGUGCCACGGGUGGUGCGCAGGGUCCCGUCGGCUCACAUUUCGUUCUCACGCCAGCCGGAGCUGUGGACUACAAUUCCGUAACGGGACUGAUGAUGGGAGGACAGGGGCAGCAGCCGGAUCACCUAGUGUCCGCAGAGAGGCUGUCGCGCAGCCUGGCAGACCUCAGCCACCUGAAAGGGAUUCUGAGACGGAGGCAGCUGUACUGUAGGACCGGCUUCCACCUGGAGAUCCAUCCUGAUGGCACCGUCCAGGGCACGCGGAAAGACCAUAGCAGAUUUGGCAUUCUGGAAUUCAUCAGUCUUGCUGUGGGUCUGGUCAGCAUCAGAGGGGUGGACAGUGGCCUUUACCUUGCCAUGAACAGCAAGGGAGAACUGUACGGAUCGGAGAAGCUGUCAGCAGAAUGUGUCUUCAGGGAACAGUUUGAGGAAAAUUGGUAUAACACAUAUUCUUCGAACAUUUAUCGGCACGGGGAGAAAGGGGCAUUUUACUUUGUCGCGCUCAACAAAGAUGGGACAUCCCGUGAUGGAACCAGAUCAAGACGGCAUCAGAGAUUCACUCACUUCCUACCAAGGCCUGUUGAUCCAGAUAGAGUCCCAGACCUGUACAGAGACAUACUGGGCCAGAGCUGAGAGCAAAGAAGUUCUAACAAAACUCUGUCAAAGCUGUUUGGAGCUGAAAGACCAACCGAGUGCACCCAACCUCAUCUCCUUUUUCAAGGGAGGGGUGGUGGAAGAUCUUGUUUAUCUGGACUAAACAGGAUAGUAGAAAUUGCACGAACCAAGUCAGCACUCCACACCUCUGGAAUGGAGGAAGGAGAGAAGAGCAGAUAGGCCUGAGAGUUUGAAUAGUUUAAGGAAUCUUUUGUGGAAGACCUAAAGAGACCAUCAGAGAAACAGAGACUUUGGGCUUCAAAUAUUUCCUCUUUGGUGGUCUAUGCAAAGGCCCUGAUGAUUUGGAUUUCCUUUGAAUUUUGACUAAAGAACCCCAAAUACAUGGUGGUCCAGACUGCAUGUUCAAAGGGACACAUACAAGGACUUGAUAGUUUAAAUUAACCACUGGCUGCUAUAGCUUAUUAGUACUGUGGCUGCUGAGUCUCAUCUCAUCAGUAAGAAUGCUAUAGUAUCAGUAUGCGUUUUUUCCCACUCAGACAAUAUAGAAGCUGCUAAGCAAACAAUUAUCUUAACUGCAAAUUCCAGUAAAAUGUGUGGCUGGUUUACAUAGAAAUGGGUAGUUUCAUGCACUGGAAAGCAGCAUGUUUUGGGAAAGAGCUGUUAUACAAAAAAAAGAUGCUGCUCAGAGAUUGUGACUCUUCUGCAAAGGACAUGAGGAAGAGGAGGAGAAGAAUAGGUCUAAUGGAGUUUCUUGAUGACUUCUAUUGUGGUCUCCUGUGGUGGAUUACUUUGUAUUCUGUUGAAAUGCUAGAGACUUGUUCCGAUACCCAGUGAAGGAAUUCAGCUGCCGUCCAUCUGACUGCAGUGAGAACACGGAGCAUAAGACCCGCAAAGACACCUUUACAAACAUUUUGACAGAUUUUAUUCUUAUUUAUGUUUUCCCAGGGCAAACAAUAUAUUUAUUUCAUAUAUUUAUUUAUUUUCAGAAUAUAUUUUUACAGUUAUGAAAAAAUAAAAAGACU